UGCCGAGGAGCCGGAAGAGCCAGACGCAGAGAUGUCGAAAGCCAAAGGGCUGUGGACCACCAAGCGCAACGGAGAAGUCAACCUGCGGAUGGACGAGAGCGGCAUGGGCAGCGAGCCGCCCGUCACCAUCCACGAAUUCUUCCUGGCCUCCGCAGACAAGUACGGCGACUUCCCGGCGCUGGCUUCGAAGCAGCAGGGGCAGUGGACCAAGCUGACCUUCCGGCAGUACUACGGGGAGUGCCGCAAGGCGGCCAAAAGCUUCCUCAAGCUGGGCCUGGCGCGUUUCCACAGCGUCUGCAUCCUGGGCUUCAACUCACUGGAGUGGUUCCUCGCCGACAUCGGAGCCAUUUUUGCUGGGGGGUUUGCGGUCGGCAUCUACACCACCAACUCCCCCGAGGCCUGCCUCUACGUCGCGGAGAACUGCGGGGCCAACAUCGUUGUGGUGGAGAACGACAAGCAGCUCCAGAAAAUCCUGGAGGUACAGAAGAAACUGCCUCUCUUGAAAGCGAUCGUCCAGUACAGCGAGGAGAUCAAAGAGAAGAGGCCAAAUCUCUACAGCUGGGACGAGUUCAUGGCCCUGGGCGGCUCUGUCCCGGACGAGCAGCUGGAUAACAUCCUCACUAGCCUGAAGCCCAACCAGUGCUGCACCAUCAUCUACACUUCGGGGACGACGGGGAACCCCAAGGGAGUGAUGCUCAGCCACGACAACAUCACGUGGACGGCCAAGGCCGCUGGGACGUACGUGGGGCUGAAGAUGGCCUUGGAGAGCCAGGAGAGCGUGGUCAGCUACCUGCCACUCAGCCACAUUGCUGCCCAGAUGGUCGACAUUUGGCUGCCGAUCGCCUUUGGGGCGCAAACGUUCUUUGCCCAGCCAGAUGCCCUCAAGGGCAGCCUGGUGGACACCCUCCGGGAAGUGAGACCCACGGCGUUCAUGGGCGUCCCCCGCGUGUGGGAGAAGAUGCAGGAGCGGAUGAAAUCGGCCGGGGCCAAGUCCUCGGCGCUGAAGAGGAAGAUCGCCGUCUGGGCCAAGGCGGUCGGGCUGGAGACAAACCUGAAGCGCCUGAACGGGUCCGCCGAACUCCCCAUGAAUUACCGGCUGGCCAAGGCGCUGAUUUAUAAAAAAGUCCGGAAAGCGCUGGGCCUGGACCGCUGCGACAAGUGCUACACGGGGGCAGCCCCGAUCAUGAGGGAGACUCUGGAAUACUUCCUCAGCCUGGACAUCGUGCUGUACGAGCUCUACGGCAUGAGCGAGACUUCCGGCCCUCACACCGUUUCCCAUCCAAAGUCGUACAAGAUGACAAGCUGUGGCCAGGAGAUCACAGGCUGCAGGACGAUGCUUUGCAAGCCGGACCAGGAAGGAGUCGGCGAGGUCUGCUUUAGCGGGCGCCAUAUCUUCAUGGGCUACCUGAACAUGGAGGACAAAACAAAAGAAGCCAUUGACGCUGAGGGCUGGCUCCAUUCUGGGGACCUGGGCCGGCACGACGAGGAUGGCUUCCUGUACAUCACGGGGAGGAUCAAAGAGCUCAUCAUCACUGCGGGGGGAGAGAACAUUCCUCCCAUCCCGAUUGAAGAUGCUGUCAAGGAGGCCGUCCCCAUUCUCAGCAAUGUCAUGUUGGUGGGGGACAAAGCCAAGUACCUCGUCAUGCUGAUGACCCUAAAGAGCAAAGUGAACUUAGAAACGGGGCUGUCCGAGGACGAGCUGACGCCAGAAGCCAUCAUGUUCUGCCAGAAGCUGGGCAGCAAAUCCACAAAAGUCUCCGAAAUUGUGGGGAACAAAGACCUGGCUGUGUAUACCGCCAUCCAGAAGGGGGUCUUGAAAGUCAAUGAGCAUGCCACCUCCAACGCGCAGAAAAUCCAGAAGUGGGUCCUCCUUGACAAGGACUUCUCCAUCCAGACUGGAGAGCUAGGCCCCACGAUGAAGCUGAAGAGGCCAGUCGUAGCCAAGAUGUAUCAGGAGCAGAUACAGCAACUCUACUUAGAAGCACCAAACACCAGUAACUUCUGAGCGAGGGAGCCCUUAUUUCAGCCUGCCUCUAUCCGAAGUCCAGCAUCUUUACGGGAUCCUGUUUUCAGACGAGGUGCAUCAUCUCCCCCUUGAUAAAUGAGGUUUUCAAUAAAGGCGGCUUCCUGUCCUCAGCCGUCUUUUUCUCUCGCGUUCCCCCAAGGCGCUUCGGACUCUUGGUCUGCUGGUGGGGAGCGUCUAGAAGACCCUCACCGGCUGUUUGGACCCAAAUGUGCAUCUUCCCGACAUGAAUGUACCGACCUCAGGGUCUCUCCUCGGUUUCUCCAGGGGCAGGGUGGGGGGUCUCUAGCGAACCAAAGGAAAACGUUGCAGCAAAGCCACAGACUGAGUGAACACUGUGUGUUCUUGUGGUGCAAUACGAUAGUUCAUUGGGUGAGCCUCUGCAUGGAGCACUCUUCCUCCUUCCACAGAUAUCUGGUGUCUGUGUUGCACAUGUGGUAGAACGCUUGUUCAUGCAAGGAAAACUGUCCCACUUAGUCUUCUACUUGUUUUUCCCUGGGGUGUAUGUUUACGUAGUGAGGUUCCACUUGGGGUGCGCACAGCUCCCUUCGAAGAGCAGGACCUUUUUCAGCAUUGACCUUGGGCAUCACUUCGCCCCUCCUGGGCCACGAAGGUAGUCCGUUAAGGGGCUCAUGGGGCUAAUUUCCUGGGGUUUCGAGGAAGAAGGAAGGGGCAGAAGACUAUUCUCUCCACUUUGCCCUCUGUGCUACAAGCAUCUUGGGAACACGAUUGGAAACUUAGGCGAGCCUCAGUCCCGAAUCUGGUUCUUACGACUCAGUCAAAGCUUAGCCUGCACUUGCUGUUCUGUGUGAACGUGAGACUUAGCCUCCAGCUGAAUUGUUGGGGGAGGUUAGGCUAGUCAGCUGUGCCCCCCCCCCCAAGUCUAUAUAAAACUGCAAGUAAUGCUCCUGAUGCAAAAACUGCUCAGCUUAUCCGGAGGAGGCAAAAGUGUGCCCUUGUGAAUUGAGCCACUUUUGUGCAAAGAGGCUUGUUUAACUGGGUGUUCGGUAGAAUUACAGAGUAGGUGAGGAGGCACUGGACCAGUGGGGAGGGAUGUCUAAAGAAAGUGUGGGAUGGAAUCAUGGACAGUAAUAAGCUAAAAUAAAUCCCUUUUAGCUUAAAGUGUAACCGCUGGGGGCCACAUUCGAUAUGGGAAAGGUCAAUGAGCCUGCUCUGUUUUUUUGGGAAGGCUGUUAAGUAAAUAUUGCAAUGAAGGGUCAUCUCUUCUUCCUAUAAAUGUAGUAUAGAAGUUCCCUGUAAUUUAUGAUUUGGGCUGCAAAGUAAACAGGUUCACCGUGACUGUGUCUUAAGGAAUCAAAUGGGCUGAUUUGUCAGUUUUUAUUAGGAGUGAUUUUUCUUGGUGUUUUCAAGGCUGUCAAAAGCUGCGAUGGUCACCACAUAUUGUAACAAGAAGAUCUUUAAGUUAAGGAUUUUAGGGUUUUGUAAAAUGUUCAGAUUUUGGCUCAGAGCCUGGGACCCUUUGUGCUCACCUUUUCCUUGCAAAUGUGGUUACGUUAUGGUGAGCUUUUAAGCCAGCCUUCCCCAACCUGGCGCCGGCACAUAUUUUGGGGACUGGCUUCCUGAACUCACAGCUUCUGCAAGGGGAAUCCCAGCAAAUCAGGAUGCAGAAGGUAGAGGAAGCAAUUUUAAGUUGAAAUUCUGGGUAUUGGCUGAGGCCAUUUCGGCUUUUUUCCGCACCUCCGUUUAAGGGUAAGCUGUUGUUUUUGUGAUCCCAGGUUUGUAUAAGGCCUUUUUGAAUCAUGUCAGGACAAUAUUUCCAAAUAAAAAAGAUGCAACUCCAAA